AUGAAUCAGAGAACAAAGUCGGCAGACCAAUCGAAGAACAAACAUAACAAUGCAGAUCUGAAUGAGAAAGACCAAUUUGAUGAGACUGAAGAUUUUGAUGAACUUCUAGCAGGCUUAAAAAAUGGACAAGGCGAUGAUCCAUAUAUACCACUUGAUUUUGAGAAUGAAGACUCGGACUUUGAUGAAGCAGACGAAGACUGUGAGAUACCACUGGACUUACAAGAGUCGGGAUUUACUGAAACAACUGAAACAACUGAACCAGCUGAGCCAAUCGCACCUGCUGAAGCCUUUAAAAAAGGAAACAAGCCCAAGCCCAAGCCCACCCAAAAGAGAAAGAAGCUCCGCCAUCUCUGUAUGGUGCCCAGUGCUGCCGAUCUACUUGCACAGACCGAUAAAGAUAAUCCUAUUCCAGAGGAUGACAGCGACUUACUUUCAUUCUAA